AUGGCGACUGUCCUGGUUGGUCCAGAAGAAACCAAGUUCGUGAUUCACCAGGCAUUACUCUGCGACAAAUCCAAGUACUUCGCAAAGGCCCUCACCGGAUCCUUCGAGGAAGGCACGACUGGCAUAGUCCGACUGGAAGACGUCUCGCCUGUCCUGUUCAAGAUCGUCGUCAGCUGGCUCUACUGGGGCAAGAUUGCUUACAGUGUCUCUGACGAUGAUUUGAGCAUUGAUCAGGGCUUUAAGAAACUGAAGCGCGAAGAUGAUAAAUUCAGCGAGAACCUGAACGCAGAUGAUACCUCAACCUGGCCUAUACACAUACUAGUGAGGUUGUACAUACUCGCGGAUCGCCUCGAUAUCAAAGACCUCAGGAACGAUAUCAUUGAUGCUCUGGUUACCUCCGCCGAAAAAUCGGGCAUCGGUCUCAGAGUAUACAGUUACAAGUUGAUCGAUUCGGAUACGACUGCAGAGUCCCCUCUCAGGAAAUUUGCCGUGGAUCGGUUGGCAUAUGGUGCGCGACACAAUAUGGAGCAUCGGGGUUUCUGGCGCGACAUACCUCAAGACAUGGCGGUCACAGCACUGCUCCUUUCCUGCCGAAGAGUACCUCAUACCCUGUGCAACUCCUGUUACCAGAAGGGGCUGGCUCACAAUGGAAUCAAGCUUGCUGCUGAUCACCCGUGCAAGAAUGAGGAUAAGAAGCCCUUGAUGGUCAACGCGUGCGUUUACCAUGAACAUGCAGACGACGAAGAGACAAAGCUUUGCCAGGUCAGCCGCGACAAGACCGUCAAAAAGUAG